GACAGACUGAGGUCAAGGUGGGAGGUUUGGCUGUAAAUCGUCAGAUAGGGAUGGUGCACCGUGACAGCUCCGUGUUGUUCCUGCGAUGAGAGCGGACCUGAGCAGCUCUGCCGGGAGAGAGGCUUGACAAUGUCCACUGGAGCGAGAUCAUGACCCUACUGAAUGAGUCAGAGGAGACCUCCUCUCCCUCCUUCCCUCUCUCCUCCUUAGAGCACAAUUUCUCCGUCUUUGUCACCCAUGACCCCUCAUACUCCCCCAUAUCCUUCCCCACCUCCUCCUUGCUGACCUCCUCCAACUGCACCAGCUCUCCUCCAGCCUCCUCUCCUCCUUACAACUUUUAUGCGGUGCUGCUGGUGCUCCUGAUCUUCUGCGUGGUGUUCGGCAAUGUGCUGGUGUGCGUGGCGGUUUCUCGGGAGCGUGCUCUGCAGACCACCACCAACUACCUCAUCGUCUCCCUGGCUGUGUCCGACCUGCUGCUGGCCACGCUGGUCAUGCCCUGGGGCGUCUACCUGGAGGUGGUGGGAGAGUGGCGCUUCAGUCUCAUCCACUGUGACAUCCUGCUCACCCUGGACGUCAUGAUGUGCACUGCCAGUAUCCUUAACCUCUGUGCCAUCAGCAUCGACAGAUACACAGCGGUGGCCAUGCCGAUGCUCUACAACACCAGAUACAGCUCCCGGCGGAGGGUGGCGGUGAUGAUUGCUGUGGUGUGGUUCCUCUCGUUUGCCAUCUCCUGCCCUUUACUGUUUGGACUCAACAACACUGCCAGUCGGGAAGGCACCACGUGCAGCUUUGCCGACCCGGCCUUCGUGGUGUACUCCUCUGUGGCCUCUUUCUACGUUCCCUUCAUCGUAACAUUGCUGGUGUACGCGCAGAUCUGCGUGGUGCUGCGCAAACGAGGCAGACGCACCGCCCCUCCACGCAGACACGGUCUGCACACGCAAGGCGGGGCUGAGGCAGGAGAGGGUCAUCGACACAGAAAGAAUAAGUGUACACAGCCAGAGGAUGUGAAGUUAUGCACUCUGAUCCUGAGACCCACCACUGCAGCCCCACAGCGAAAGAAAGUGGCCUACCUCCCUCACCAUCCUACCUCCGUCUCUGUUUGUCAGACCCUGGUGAAGGAGGCAGUGGUUCACCCCCUUGAAGUGGAGCCGGGUCAGUUCCUGCCGCAGACCGAGCAGAGUAUGGCUCCUCCUCCUGCUCCACAGACCUCCUCCCACCCGGGACGGGCAAGGAUCUCCCUGUCCAUCUCAGUCGGACCUGCCCCUGUUCUUCCUUCAACUGUGACGCGAUCGGCCCUGACGCCGCGCCCCCCCACCCUCGAGGACGGCAUGAGGGGGCGUGAAGGAUGGAGGGAGCGUAGUGGAGGCAGAGAGAAAUGGGGGAUCACCAAGGAGAGGGUGAGGGGAAGGCUGUCACAGCAGAAGGAGCGGAAGGCGACACAGAUGCUCGCUAUUGUGCUCGGUGUGUUCAUCAUCUGCUGGCUGCCUUUCUUCCUGACCCACGUGCUGAAGGCCCACUGCAGGAGCUGCUGUAUUUCACCAUCACUGUACAGUGCCGUCACCUGGCUGGGAUACCUGAACAGUGCCGUCAACCCCAUCAUCUACACUACAUUCAACAUUGAGUUUCGUAAGGCCUUCAUCAAAAUCCUGCACUGCUGAGAGCCACGGAGAUUAGAAGUGUCAACUGUGG